AUGACUGAAAAGCCACCGCCUUCAAAAACAGAACAAAAGAAGAGGGUGGCACCCACUGCCGCUCUACCGAAGGAGCCCAAGGAGAAGAAGGGUAUUUUGAGAAGUCUUUCUUUCCAGUUUUCGAAUCUGGGCAAGAGGAAGGACAAUCAUUACGAUAUGACUCCUGAGGAGACAACUAGCGAGGAUCUUGGUCCCAUGGUUGGAGUGCAGUGUUCGGGGACACUGAAGAAGAAGUAUAAGAAGAAAAAUAGACCAGCCACCUGGUCAAAAAGAUUCUUCAUUCUGAAAGAAUGCUUCUUGAUCUACUACUCCACUCGCUAUAAGAAGACUUUUGACAAAACCAAGAGGAUCGACUUGCAUCCAAAGGGUAUAAUUCCACUGAUCGGCUGUUCCAUUGUGUGUGGAGGUGAUGUCGGCAAAAAGUACUGUAUCCUCAUAGCACAUCCGCAAUUCCCGUCUGCAAUUAUAGUCGCUGCGCCAGAUUUCAAAACUCAGGACGAAUGGUUGAAAGCGCUCCGAAGCGCUACGAAGAUCUCAUUUAAAAACACGAUAGUCGGCGAGACAAUGAUUCGUGAAUUGGAAAAUCGUGGCGUGAUGUUGUGCGAGGAAAAGAAAACCUAUGAGGAGAAAUUAGAGCAAGAAGCAAAAGCACGAAAAGAAGAGCACGAUAAGGCUGCGGAGCUUACUCGAGUGAAAGCCGAGCUCGAGAGUGAACGAGAAAAGUUAAUAAGGACAACAAAGAAGCUUAAGGACGAUCUGCAAAACGUCAAAAAUGAACUCAAAGUGACAAAUGAGACGAAAAUGACAUUGGAGCAAGAAAAAAUUUCUCUGAACUCAAAAACGGAGCAUCUGCAGUCAAAUAUGGAGUCUCUAAACAUAGAGAAAGAGAAGAUCGAAGAGCAGCUGCACAGUAUUCUCCGAGAGCGAGAACAAUUCCUGCUGGAAAAUCAAAAUCUUUCAACAACCACAUGUCAGCUGAAAAAUCGGCUGACAGAGAUUGAAACAAAAACGAAUUGUAUUAUGGUGGAGAAAGAAAAGAUUGAGAAUCUCCUACGAAUGAACGAAAAUAAAACUCAUGAUCUCGAAAAAGAACGACAAUAUUACACUAAUCAAACCAAGGAACUUUUGAUGAACUUGAAGGAAAUAAACGAACAAAAAGAACUCACAGAAACUGAACUGCGAGAGCAAGUGAUGGCUCGAUUGGGGGCUGAAAGGCAGUUACAGGCUGCUGAAAAAGCUUUGGAACAUUUGGAAAUGGCGUUGAAAAUGACUGGUGCACAAAUGACCGAAUUACAAGAGCAUAUUAUGCCUGAUGUGCAUAAGCUAAGAGAAUACUUUGAACAAUGCGCACUGGAAGCCCAUCUGGAAGCAAAUCGAACCGGAAUCAUGCGAAAUGCUGUCUAUGCAAGAAAGUCCAUCCGACGCUCCAAACGAAACAUUCGCUCAUCAUUUCGACGAGUCUCCCUCAAAGACAAGGAAGAUACAAAAGAUAUAAAUGCAAAUGCACUUCACAAGCUUUAG